UGCUGGAGCGCAGGGUCCAGGCAGUGGGCGCGCGCCAGGUGCAUUCGGAGUGGGGCCUUCCUGAGUCAACCUGGAACGAACUGAGUGCACACAUCCCAAAACCUGUGAGCGCGCGCACGUGCACACGCCCGGCCCGCGAGGGAACAGUCAGUGGUGUUGCCGCUUUGCAGCCCGCUGGAGGAGGACGGAGCCCCAGAAGGCAGCAGGCAGCCCUCUGGGGGGGAGAUUGUGCCCCAGACCCCGGCUGGGCUCAGCCCGGCCGGCCCCCUCUGGAAGGGAAGCCCGGCUGCUCACUUGCUCAGAAGUGUUGCUUGGGGAUUCCAGAAGCGAGCAGGGUGCUGACUGUGGUUGAGAGGGAAAGGCACUCUGCACGCCCUCAGAGGCAGCCCUGGAUUGUUUACCACCUCACCUUUCCCAGAAACAAAAGGCUUGAGGACUUAAUGGUUGUUCACAGGAAUGAUUAUUUCAGAUUGCGACUCCUGCUUUGGGUCAGGGAAACAUCUGUUUUGUUUCUUGUCCUAUGGAAACUGCUUUGGGAACACUUGUGGGAAAGUUAAGAAAAUUUUUGAAAGAGUGAGCAAUGGCUUUAUGGAAAGAGAUGUGGCAAUCCUUUCUCAAUAUCUCAGCGUGGGUUUUGCCUCGCUGUGAACUUUCAUUACUGCACAGAUAAAGGGGCCUGUGGUUAGAAGCAGAUUUCUACCAAGAGAGGCAUUCCCCACACUCCGUGCAACAAGUCCUCGAGAGUGCAAGCAACUGAGUGACUUGCAGACGAAAGGAGGUUCAGCAGACACCUCCCUGCCUUUCUUCAAUUAGAGGGAGAGUGACUUAGAAGGGAGCCAUGGGCCAGUUGGACGACUCAAUUGAGAUGUCAGCUCUGGGCCGCCCCUUCCAGCUGGGGAUGCUGUAUGACUGCCGGAGCGACUCCCUCAUCCCAGGGAUCACCCUCUGGGAUCUGGGAUCACUUCAGAAGGACUUGUGUGUCAAACCACAGCCCAAAACAGAAUCCGAGAUCAUCGCGUCUGACACCAUUGAUGACAAGGCCUCUGCCCUCAACGUCUCAGCAUCGCUCAAGGCCAGUUUCCUGGGGGGGCUGAUUGAAGUGGGAGGAUCAGCCAAAUACUUUCGUGACACCAAGAAGUCCAAACAACAAGCCAGAGUCACUCUGCAGUACAAAACCACCACUAAGUAUGAGCAACUGACUAUGAGCCAUCUGGGAACCCAAAAUGUCUCCUACCCAGCCGUCUUUGAUCAAGGCACAGCCACCCAUGUUGUCACAGCAAUCCUAUAUGGAGCUCAGGCUUUCUUUGUAUUUGACCAAGAAGUUUCUUCUACUGAGAGUGUACAAGACAUACAAGGAAGCCUCAAAGUUACAAUUGGGAAGAUCAUCUCUAUCACAGGGCAAGCAGAACUUGAGAUGAAUGAGAAGGAAAAAUCUCAUACUGAGAACUUUAGCUGCAAAUUCCAUGGAGAUUUCUGUCUGGAGAGCAACCCAGUGACUUUCAAAGAUGCCAUGACGGUCUACGCCACUCUGCCCAAAAUGCUGGGUCAGGAUGGGGAGAAGGCAGUGCCUGUCACGGUCUGGCUGUACCCACUGACCAAGCUGGAUUCCAGAGCAGCUAAGCUGGUACGUGAGAUCAGCUUAGCACUGAUCUUUGAUGCCCAAGCAGCCAUGGAGCAGCUGGCCGAAAUCAACAUGCGAUGCAAUGACCUGGCAAAGAAUCCUAUUGCUGACACUUUCCCAGAAAUCAGGAGGAAAAUCAAGCAGUUCAAGGAUCUGUGCAAGCAGCAGAAGCAGAUUUUCCAGAAGGAGCUGGCGGGAAUCUUGCCUUCAAUCCGUGGAGGAGGGAAAGAGGAAAGAGCCCUGGUGGACAUCCUAACAGCGAUAAACCAGUCACCCUUCAACAGCCAGAGACUCACGGAAUUCCUGGACACCAAGGAACGAGAGAUGAAUUUUGUGAAAUCCUACCUUUCUAUCCUAAAGGGGAUAGAUAUAAUCUCCUCCCAGAACAAACUAGAAGAAGUAGUGUUUGACCCUGAAAAUCAAUUUGUGGUUUCAUUUACCUUCACUUCUUUACAUGAUGAGGAACCCUUCUUAGCCAGCUUGCAAGACUGCCUUCAGAAGCAAUGUGUCCAGAAAAUGGCUGGUCCCUCUACCGUCGGAUCAGUGCCAGAGAAAUGCAAGGCCUGGUUUCAAGACAAAGGGAGGAACCGAAAUGCUCGGACGGCUGCCAAAGCCGUUUAUGACUUUGCCAGUAUCAAUAAAUCCAAUGGGAAAGUCAAGUAUGUUGUGGCCUCUGUCCCGGAUGAGGAUAACCCUGGAGCUUCCAUUUACCUCUAUGAAGAAGCAGAGCUCGUCAGCAGGAACGUUGAGCUGCCCCCCAAACCUCUCCCUCCCCUGAUUGGUGAGAUUGGACAUGACAGUGUGCAGCUGACAUUUCAACCAGCUGACUAUGGGAGGGCCAAUAUCUCCAGCUAUUGGGUGGAGUACAGGAUUGCAGGAGAAGAAAACUGGAUGACUGUGGAGACAGAAGAUAGCCAGGAGACAUUCCUAGCAACAGGUCUGCACCUAAACACUGAGUACCAGUUCAGAUAUGCUGCAAAGAGCAAACCUGGCCUCAGCGAGAGCAGCAGCAUGAGCAAAUCGGUGAAGACACUUCCCACAAGUCCUCCUGGAAAACCCAAAAUGGUAUUGGUUGACUCUUCCAGAAUUUCUCUUGCUUGGGAUGGUCCAAAGGUCACUGGCGUGGGAGUCCUUAUACAGGAUUACAAACUGGAGUAUAGAGAGGUGUUGGGAGAGGAAGAUCCCAAGGGCAAAUACCCCUGGGCUGAACAAAGGACAGGGCGGAAAUCAGAGUCCUCUCACGUUGAGAAGCUGAAGCCACAGACGGCCUAUUGGUUCCGAGUGUCAGCAGUGUGUGCGGAUGAAGCCACAAGUGCCCCCAGCGAGGAGGUGGAGAUUUGGACACAACGGGAGGAAGAGGAAGGGUCCCAAAGAAUUGCCCUGAAAUAUCUCCAAAAAAGCACCAAAGUGAAGGAUGAGGACCCAUCUGUCUAUGCUCUACCACUGGAAGAGGCCACUUCAGACAUGUCAGGAUCUUGUCUGACAUACCAGCUUGGAGAAGAGAACUUGAAAGUCCCCAACAAAGUGAUCAUGGUGAUGGGAGCAACAGGGUCAGGAAAAACCACCCUCAUUAAUGGGAUGAUCAACUAUAUCCUGGAUGUCCAGUGGAGAGACCACUUCCGAUUCAAACUGAUUCAUGAAAUGACCAACAGAAGCCAAGCUGAAAGUCAAACAUCAGAAGUGACAGCCUACGUGGUGAAUCAUCAGAAGGGUUUCAAAGUCCCCUAUUCCCUCACUAUCAUCGACACCCCAGGAUUUGGGGACACAAGAGGAAUAGAGCAUGACAAAUUGAUUACCCAGCAAAUCCGGGAGUUUUUCUCCACUCCGGGGGGCACUGACCACAUUGAUGCCAUCUGUAUCGUAGUCCAGGCUUCCUUUGCUCGUUUAACUCAUGCCCAGAAAUACGUGUUCGACUCGGUGCUCUCCAUUUUCGGGAAGGAUAUCAAGGACAAUAUCCAAGUCCUGAUCACAUUUGCAGAUGGGCAGAAACCCCCCGUUCUAGAGGCCAUUAUGCAAGCUGACGUGCCAUGUGCGAAAGAUGCCAAGGGCACCCCUGUUCACUUCAAAUUCAAUAAUUCAGCUCUCUUUGCCCACAAUCCCGUAGGGAGUGAAGGAGAUAGCUUUAAUUUUGAUGAAAUGUUCUGGAAAAUGGGCACCAUGAGCAUGAAGACCUUUUUUGAUUCCUCAAGUACACUAGAAACAAAAAGUUUAACAUUGACAAAGGAAGUUCUCCGGGAAAGGCAAGAGCUGGAGGCUGCCGUGGAGGGGCUGCAGCCCCAAAUCAAUGCCGGUCUGGUCAAGCUGGAAGAGCUGAGGAAGACGCAGCACGCUCUGGAUCAGCACAAGGAUGACAUGGCAGCCAACCGAAACUUUGAGUACGAGGUCGAGAAAACUGUGCCACUGCAUAUAGACAUCUCUGGGACCGGUAAUUUCAUCACAAAUUGUGCAACUUGUCACUACACCUGUCACUAUCCCUGCGGAAUUCCCAAUGACGAUGGCAAGCGUGGUUGUGCUGCUAUAGAUCAAACGACAGGAAGAUGCCAGAAUUGCCCAGGCCGGUGUGUGUGGAACCUUCACUUCAACCAGAAAUACAGGUUUGAAUAUACAACAGUGAAAGAGAAAAAAACCUAUGCGGAGCUGAAGCAGAAGUAUGAACACGCUUCUGGUGAGCUGAUGACCACAGAGAAAGUGCUUGAAAAACUCAAUGAGGAAUAUGAAGAGGUGAAAGAGAUCUUGGAAGACCUGAUCCAGAAAUCGUCCGAAAGCCUCCAGCGCCUGCAGGAAAUUGCUCUGAAGCCCAACCCGCUCUCCACCCCGGAAUACAUCGACCUUCUCAUUGAGUCGGAAAAGCAGGAGCUGAAGCCCGGGUAUCAGGAAAGAAUCCGGUCACUGCAGGAAGUGAGGAAAGUGGCUGAGCUCAUCAAGAAGAUUGCCAACAAGGAGCCUCUGCUGCCAGGAGAGGAGAAUCUGUACAAGCAGCUUGAACAAAGAAAGCGGUCCCCUGCAAAGAACUUACUUAUGAGAGGGGUCGCUGCCAUUUCUAGCUGGUUUAAAUAAGGAGCAGUCCCUUUGCAGACAUCUUUUUGCUUUUGGCUAAAACUUGAAACUUCAGGUUAGAUAACUGCAAAUAAGACCAGAGUCAGGGAGGAGUGUGUGUGUGUGUGUGUG